AAUAAACAUAGCAACAAGACGCUUUUCACUUCGUCUGACAGGUUUUAAUGAAGUAAAACACGAAAAAUUUGUCUUUUGUGAACAAAACAAAUUUUUAGAAUGUCGUUUUUCGGUUUGACACAAUUAGGAUACCAGAACAAAGUCAGGGAAGGAUCAGCACCGGCCAAAGCAGACCCCAUUCGAGGAAAUCGACAACUUGGAUUUCUUGCUCUGCCUCCGUUGAAAAAUGAGCAAACGAAAGAAAGGUCAAUCGUUCCCGAAAACCAGACGUCUUCAUACGGUCCGGGCCCAAAUGGAUCCUAUGUUGAAUAUACCAGAAUGAGAAAUAAACACAUUAGAAAUCCAAAAGUAACAUAUGAAUUAUAUAGAUUCCCAGUGACAACUUCUCAUCGUUACGGUUGGUUUAAUGUGGAUCAGCCAUUAAAAGUACGAGAACCAUGGACCCAUGUUCCUAGAAAAGUUCAAAUAAACUCAGAAAUGACAAGAUUUGUAAAUGAGAUGUCUCUAACCAAUCGUGAAUUUUCUCUGUUUUAAUCACCUAAUAUCCUGAACCCUGGUAUUUAUUAUGUAAGAAAGAAUUUGAUUGGCUGUUAUUUUAAAGAAGUUUGUUUUGAGCUAUCUGAUUGGUAGAAAGAUAUUUGUUAUGUAUUUUGUUAUUAUGUAUUGUUAGCUAUAAUUAUUUGUUAUGCAUGUAUGUUGAAACAUCUUCAAAUUCUUGGUCAUUUUCGCAAGGUUUUCGUUCAAAUUUUCGCUACCAGGUACUGUAUAAUUGCGAUUACAAUCCCCACCUGUUUAUACCUCUUAAAAUCUAAAAAAAACAAUUACUAAAAAUUUGAAGUCACAAAUACUGUAUAAUUUCGAUUAUAAUGCGCACCUAUUUAUGCUUUUUAAAAAUGUUAUUAUGCAGUAUAUUAUAAAGCUUAAUUUAAGAAUCGUUGGUGAUAUUCUUUCAGAGCUUCAAUCACACAUCGUAUGUACAGUUUAAACAACAAUAGAACUUCCAUUCUUGAGAGCUGACUAAGAAUUUGAAGAUGGUGUUUUAAUUUAAAGUAAUAUUCCCAAAUAAUUUUAGAUACUAUAAACUGUUUGAUUUAAAUUGGAUAAUUAACACAAAACCACACAAUGAACCACCGUUACUAUGUUACAUUGUUGUACCAGUUCCAACUUAUGUCUUACCAUGUUCGUUUAAACCACACCCUGUAGUUUCGUGCAUGUUAAAGAGACGAUGAUGUCCAAUACGCUAUUGCCUUAGAUAGUAGUUGUUAUAUUUGUAGACUUGCCAUGUUCGUAAGAUUUUUCACAACACAAUGGCGUCUGGACCAUGUACCAUUUCUUGUUUGUAUGGUAUAAUAUUGUAUGGAAGGAGCACUUGUUUAUCAUGUAUCAUGAUAAUUGUAAUCCAAGUAUUUGUUUUCAGUCUAUGCAAGAAGAACUCUUUAUGUAACCUUAUCAGCAUUAUUCUUAUUUAGAAUUGGAAUUUUUAGAUUUAAACCAUGCGUACCAGAGUCACUAAUAAGAGACUUUUUAAAAGCUUAUGUACCAUUUAUAAAGUUGUGGUUUUAUUAACUAAUAAUGUGAUAUGCAAAGUACUGUGAUAUUUAUGAAUACUUUACUUAUCACGAAUAAAUUAUUCAAAUAACU